UCUUGAUUGAGGAAGUGAACACUUUCUGAGUUGUAUAUAUAGGAGUCUACACAGGAAACUAAUCUAAUCAAGGCAGAGGCUUCACUAGACGUUGAUGCAAGAACAAGAUGCUGAAAACUGCAAUACUGUUUCUGGUGGUGGGACUGGCCUCCAGUUCUAACAUUUGUCCAGAUGGGAGCAGCUGUCCAGAUUCAUCAACCUGCUGCUAUUCAGAUACUGGAUAUAAAUGCUGCCCAUAUCCAGAUGCUGUGUGUUGCGUUGACCAUAUCCACUGCUGUCCGCAAGGCCUCACGUGCAACAUGAUAGAGAUGACUUGUGACGGCCAUGGUGCAGAACCGGGCAUCCCAAUGGUCAAGAAGAUACCGGCUGCAGAGCAGGAUGCCUUCCUUCCCGUUAUGAUGGGCAAGCCCGAUGCCAAUGUGGAGAGCUCAAAGGUGCAAUGUGACAGUACCCAUUUCUGUCCUGAUGGGAAUACAUGCUGCAGACACCCCUAUGGGAUUUGGAAAUGUUGUCCACUUUCACCGGCCGUUUGCUGUCUCGACGGCCUGCACUGCUGUCCUUUCGGCUACUACUGCGACGAAACUUAUACUAAGUGUUUACGAAAUGGCUUAAGUAUUCCCUCUUUUCUCAAGAGGCCAGCACUGACUGUAAAGUCCUCCAACAUGACCACUUCAGCAGCUCAGGUGCUGAGGGAUGAGGGGACAGAGGAGAAACUCCCCUGGGUGAAACUGCAGAAGGCUGUCACCAGCCUGUCUAAGACCUCGGUUAUUCGCUGUGAUGGAGUGUACUACUGCCCCGAGAACACGACCUGCUGCAAGAAGGCUGACAACAGCUGGAGCUGCUGUCCGUUCCCACUGGCUCAGUGUUGCCAAGAUAGGUUGCACUGCUGCCCUUACAGCUACACCUGCGAUGGUUCAUCCACAAUGUGUGUGAAAAACAAUCAGAGAAUUCCCUCAGCUGAAAAAGAGGACGCUCAGUGGGACUGAGUGAAAGAGAUCACGCAGAGAGACGUCCUUGCAUGGCUGUAUGACUCUACUGUGGUACCGGGUUAGCCCACCUUUUCUGCUCCGUCUUCACUGAAAAGUUUUGUUUUUUUUCAUUUAACUCUGGCAUUUAUUUAAAUUAUAAAUGUCAUGUAAGAACAACAAUUAAACAUACUGCAUA